AUGAUACCUGCGUCUUUGGCCAUCACGCCUUCUGCAUACGUCGCGCCCGUUGGGAAUUCCACACUCAUCUUUCGAGAUGAUAUCUUCAAGGGCAAAGUGCUCUUCCAUACGGGUGGUGGUUCCGGAAUCUGUCGGGCGAUGACCGAAGCUGUGAUGCGCCAUGGAGCCAACGCCGCUAUCGUUGGACGCAAACUUGACCGGCUCACACAGGCUGCGAAAGAACUUUCAGAGGCGACGAGUCAAGUCUGCAUCCCCACACAAGCAGAUGUCAGACAAUCAAAGGCCCUUCAAGAGGCCGUCUCGAAGACGAUAGAGAAAUUCGGCCGCAUCGACUUUGUCAUCUGUGAAAAUGCGUUCCGAACCGUGAUGGAAAUAGACACUAUUGGAACGUAUAACACGAUCAAAGCGACACUUGCUCAUGUCCAUGCUUCCAAGGGCUCCUACAUCAUGACCAGCGCGACGCUCCAUUACGACGGGACUCCCUACCAAGCUCACGUAUCAGCAGCAAAAGCCAGCGUAGAUGCUCUUUCCAAUAUUCUUGUUGUCGAAGAAGGGCCGCAUGGCGUGCGCUCGAACGUCAUAUCCCCCUGUCCCAUAGCCAACACAGAGGGCGCGGCCCGUUUAGCGCCCAUGGCCGGCAAAGAUAGCCCUUAUCCAUUGGGACGUCUCGGUGAUAUUAGAGAUGUCAGCAAUGCGACGAUAUUUCUAUUCGGCGAUGCUGCCUCGUUUAUAACGGGCCAAAUACUGGCCGUCGAUGGAGGCAGUGAGCAUCUUCGGACGACGCAGCUGCCAUAUCCGGCUUCGGUGUUUGAUCCUUCCGCCACGUUGAAGGUGCUCAAAGCAAGGAUGUAG